CCUCCAAACCCUAAGAUCCGACAAUGAGAGAAAUCCUGCACAUCCAGGGCGGCCAGUGCGGCAACCAAAUCGGCUCCAAGUUCUGGGAGGUCAUCUGCGACGAGCACGGCGUCGACCCGACCGGGAGGUACAACGGCGACGAGGCCUCGGAUCUCCAGCUCGAGAGGAUCAAUGUCUACUACAAUGAGGCGUCCGGCGGCCGCUACGUCCCUCGCGCCGUGCUCAUGGAUCUGGAGCCUGGAACCAUGGACAGCAUCAGAUCUGGUCCUUACGGCCAGAUCUUCCGCCCCGAUAACUUCGUCUUCGGGCAGUCCGGCGCCGGGAACAACUGGGCCAAAGGUCAUUACACGGAGGGAGCCGAGCUCAUCGAUUCCGUCCUCGAUGUCGUUCGCAAGGAGGCUGAGAACUGUGAUUGCUUGCAAGGCUUUCAGGUAUGCCAUUCACUUGGAGGAGGCACAGGUUCUGGCAUGGGAACCCUUCUGAUCUCUAAGAUCAGAGAGGAGUAUCCUGACAGGAUGAUGCUCACAUUCUCGGUCUUCCCGUCACCCAAGGUCUCAGAUACCGUCGUGGAGCCCUACAACGCAACCCUCUCUGUCCAUCAGUUGGUUGAAAAUGCUGACGAAUGCAUGGUCCUUGACAAUGAAGCACUUUACGACAUAUGCUUCCGUACUCUCAAGCUCAGCACUCCAAGCUUUGGAGACUUGAACCACUUGAUCUCAGCAACCAUGAGCGGAGUAACAUGCUGCCUCCGUUUCCCCGGUCAGCUCAACUCCGACCUCAGGAAACUUGCUGUGAACCUCAUCCCAUUCCCCCGCCUCCACUUCUUCAUGGUCGGAUUUGCCCCUCUCACCUCCCGUGGAUCCCAGCAGUACAUCUCCCUCACCGUCCCUGAGCUGACUCAGCAAAUGUGGGACGCCAAGAACAUGAUGUGCGCUGCUGACCCCCGCCACGGCCGAUACCUGACUGCUUCAGCCAUGUUCCGUGGCAAGAUGAGCACGAAGGAAGUUGAUGAGCAGAUGAUCAACGUCCAGAACAAGAACUCGUCCUACUUUGUUGAGUGGAUCCCAAACAACGUGAAGUCAUCUGUGUGCGACAUCCCACCAAGGGGGCUGAAGAUGGCCUCCACUUUCGUCGGGAACUCGACUUCCAUCCAGGAGAUGUUCAGGAGGGUGAGCGAGCAGUUCACAGCUAUGUUUAGGAGGAAGGCCUUCUUGCAUUGGUACACCGGGGAAGGGAUGGACGAGAUGGAGUUCACCGAGGCAGAGAGCAACAUGAAUGAUCUGGUAGCAGAGUACCAGCAGUACCAGGAUGCGACUGCAGAUGAUGAAGGGGAGUACGAGGAGGAGCCCGAAGAGUACGAGGGAUAAGGGAGGAGAGAAAAGGUGGCGGCGAAUUUCUCUGAUCUCCGAAGGUUUCAUAUGUAAUGCGCAAUCGUUAGUUUGGUGUUAUUUUGUUGUUUCGAGUUCCUCGGAGGUUUAUGGAUGGAGUUUUGAUGAUGGGAACAAUAUUUGAUCAGGAGUAUCGGAGAGGGGAGCGGUCUGUUUCUUUACUUGCAUUUUCUAUUAUCCAUUCGAUGGCGGAAUUCUUGGUAUAUGUUUGUUUCUUUGGCUAUGGCAGGAAAUUUUCAUGAGCUAGCAACUAGGGGAUGUGUUUUUUGGUACGUUUGUUUAAAGUGCACAAGAAUUUCUUCCUUGCAUUCCAAAAUGGAUGUCAUUGCAAAAU